AUGACCGUGGGUGGACCAACAAUCAAACUUUCCAACGGUCAGGAAAUGCCCCAAUCGACCCCAGAUGAGGUGAAAGCAGCGGUAAAAGUGGCCAUCGAACAUGGAUAUCGGCUCAUUGAUACAGCAGCGUGCUAUGGUAAUGAAGGUGAAAUUGGUGACGCAAUUGAAGAGCUGAUUCAUGAUGGUAAGAUCAAGCGCGAGGACUUAUUUAUUACCACCAAGCUAUGGGCGACUCACCUCCACCCGGAUGAUACAGAGCCGGCACUACGUGAGUCUCUGCGGAAGCUCAAGCUAGACUACGUCGAUCUCUACUUGGCUCAUAUGCCUGCCUGCUUCAAUAAAACACAGCUAGAAAAUUCACAUGAACAUGAAAUGACUGAACACAACAAAUCAGUCACUGUCCUUGAUAUUUGGAAAGGACUGGAGGGAGUACACAAUAAGGGAUUAACCAAAGCUAUCGGUGUUUCGAACUUCAGCGGGGAACAAAUUGAGCGCAUCAUGAAAAGCGCAUCCGUGCCUAUUCAUAACUUGCAGGUAGAGCUUCAUCUCUACUGGCCCCAACAUGAACUUCAAGAAGUUUGCAAAAAACAUAAUAUUUCAUUGACUUCUUAUGCUACGCUGGGAUCUCCAGGACGUGUCAAUUUCUCACUUCCAAGCGGAGCUAAGCUAGAAUGGGCUCCUGCUCCGAAUGACCUUGAAGAUCCAAAUGUCAAGAAGUUGGCCGAAAAAUACAAGAAAACCCCUGCUCAGAUCCUGAUUCGUUACGUUAUGGAGCGAAACAUUGCCGUUAUACCAAAAUCCGUGAAUGCUGGUAGAAUCCAGGAGAAUUUUAAUGUAUUCGAUUUUUCACUUACUCCAGAGGAAGUGAAAGAGCUUGAGUCGACCCCGCACCGUCAGCGCCUUUUCCUCCAAGACUUGUGA